AGGGCGUGAGACGGACUGGGUCGGAGUGCAUGAUGUCUUUCGAGCGGGCGAAGGAGACGGAGCUCCGUGUGGCUUAUCGUUGGGUGCGCCUGCCGAGCGGCGAGAUGCUGCCCUCGCACAAAGUCCGCGUCUCUGUGUCGGUUCCCAUCCCUCUGUAGGUCGCAGAGGACGGCCGCGGGUGCGUUGGGCGUCCGGGAGUGGGUGCAGGAGGCAAGGUCUAGAUUGUGCUCGAGGAUUUGUGGAUCACGCGAGCUCGGCGCAUCGCGUGCAGCCGACGGCGCGCCUGGGCUCAUGAAUAUGCCGCGCCAAUGCCGGCGGCGCGCGCCCCCGUACUCCUCCUGAGCACCUCUUAAGGCCUACCACCAUCACGCCCGCCGCUUCGUACCUCCUACCCCACCCCCGCGAUGCGUGCCACCCCCUUCCUGCGCAACGUCGCCUCCGCCGCGCUUAAGCAGCGCGUUCGCCGCCCCCAGUACCUCUCCAAGCUCACCAGCCCGGAGGCGCUCGCCCCGCACUUUAAGAACGAUGACUACAUCGGCUGGUCGGGGUUCACCGGAGUCGGCUACCCGAAGGCUACCCCAACGGCCAUCGCGGACCAUGUUGAGCAGAACAACUUGCAGGCCGACCCCGCGACCAAGAAGAAGUUUAACCUCUUCGUCGGCGCGUCUGUAGGCCCUGAGGUCGAGGACCGCUGGGCACGGAUGGACAUGAUUGCCCGCCGCUACCCUCACCAGGUCGGCAAGGACAUUGCCAAGGGCAUCAACGCCGGCAGGAUUAACUUCGCCGACAAGCACCUUUCCAUGUUCCCCCAGGAUCUGACAUACGGCUACUACAGCCUGAAGAAGACACACGGCGACCCGCGCCGACCCCUUGACUGGGCGAUCGUCGAGGCUACCGCCGUGACUGAGGAGGGAUGGAUCGUGCCGGGCGCAUCCGUCGGCGCUACGCCCGAAAUUCUGCAAAGCGCGGAAAAGAUUGUUAUCGAAGUCAACACCAGCAUUCCCGACCUCACUGGCCUGCACGACAUCACGCAGUCCAACCUCCCGCCCUACCGCCAACCCUACCUCGUCACCCACACGUCAGACCGCAUCGGCACCACCGCCAUCCCCGUCGACCCCGACCGCGUUGUCGCCAUCAUCGAGUCCAACCACCCCGAUAACACUGGCAAGAACGCGCCCGAGACGGAAGAGUCGAAGCUGAUCGCCGGUCACCUGAUCGAGUUCCUGUCCGCUGAGGUCGAGGCAGGCCGCCUCCCGCGCUCGCUGCUUCCUUUGCAGUCCGGCAUCGGCAACGUGGCGAACUCGAUUAUCGGCGGCCUCGCCGACGGUCCGUUCGACAAGGUGCAGGUGUGGACGGAGGUGCUGCAGGACACCUUCCUGCGCUUCUUCGACUCCGGCAAGCUCGAUUUCGCCACCGCGACGAGCAUCCGCUUCACGCCCGAGGGCUUCAAGCACUUCUACUCGCACUGGGCCGAGUACAAGGACAAGCUGCUCCUCCGCUCGCAGCAGGUCGCGAACUCGCCCGAGGUCAUCCGCCGCCUCGGCGUCAUCGCGAUGAACACCCCGCUCGAGGUCGACAUCUACGCGCACGCGAACUCGACCUGCGCGCUCGGCUCGCGCAUGCUCAACGGCCUCGGCGGCUCCGCGGACUUCCUCCGCAACGCGAAGCUGUCGAUCAUGCACACGCCCUCGAGCCGCCCGUCGAAGACGGACCCGACGGGUAUCUCGUGCAUCGUCCCCUUCGCGUCGCAUGUUGACCAGACGGAGCACGAUUUGGAUGUGGUGGUGACGGAGCAGGGUCUUGCGGAUUUGAGAGGUCUGGCCCCGCGUGAGCGUGCGCCGGUCAUCAUCCAGAAGUGCGCGCACCCCGACUACAGGGACUCGUUGAUGGAUUACUAUGAGCGCGCGCUGUACGACUGCUUGAAGAAGGGCAUGGGCCACGAGCCGCAUAUGCUCAAGAAUGCGUUCAAGAUGCACAUCAACCUGCAGGAGAAGGGCACGAUGAAGGUGGACAAGUGGGACUAAGUAGCUUAUACUUUCCCAUGUAGGGGCGUAUACCUCCCCGCUGUAGGCCCUUAGCUGCGCUUAUCGCAGACCGAGGGUCUUGCACUUGGACGAUUCAUUGAGAUGUUGGUACGGUAAUAGCAGUAGUGCGCGGCGACGCGUAACGCGUUGCGCCGCUAGAUGACAACUAGCCUUCGCACAAUGUACGAUAUACAUUCUUCUAGUGUGGA